UGCAACGUGGAGGGACCGAUGUUUUGAAAUGGCAAUACUACUCCGACAACGGUGCGGACCUGUUUUACGCUCUUGUGGAUGUACUCAUGUCGAUAACAUCUGGGGAGGAAGAGGGGGACGUGCGAGUAACUAAGCUGGACGGCUAUUGCACCCCUCCACCACGGAAGCUGGCGGACAUCCAGGUUGUCUUUGGCCAGCCGGAAAAGCCUCGUGCCACUCUAGAUGUAUACUCUAACUAUCAAGAAGGCACUGGAAGGAUGGUCACUACAUGGGAGCUUAGUCGGCCUACUGGACAGCUCACUCGGAAUGAUGUUGAUGUAUUACUUCGUGGCCUCACAGAGCAUGCAGUAUACAGGCCUCGCCGCUAUAGUGGCACCGUUGAUCAGGACUCUGAUAUUGGGAGGGCCUUUGCUGAGCUAUUCGACCAAGUAUCUAUGAAUGAGGACGGACCGCAAGAGGGCGGGGCUAGACAACGUCGCGCGCCACAAAAUGAGAGCUCGAGGGAGAAGGCUAAGAGGGAGCUGGAGGAGAUGGGCAUUGACGUUAUCCUACCACCCGAGGAAGGUACUGUUAGUGAUGAUGAUGUUUGGAAGGGCCUAGUGGGCUACCCCCAGACCAAGGCUAGAGUAGAGGAGACGGUCUUGCUGCAAUUGAGGCAUCCUGAGCUCUUCAAGAGGAUAGCUGAAGGGACCCGAGGGAAAGCGGCUCCUGCUAACAAACCCAAGGUGGUCUUAUUCGAGGGCCCACCGGGGACAGGCAAGACGUCAGCAGCGAGAUGUAUAGCUGCUGGGUGUGGCAUACCUCUGGUCUACGUGCCGUUAGAGCUCUGUU